AUGUCUAUCUUCAUUGCAGUCAUCAUCGGAUGCCUUCUCAUCGCGCUCUGCGGGGAUCGCGGUUACUGUGAUGAGCAGGAGUAUCGCCUCACUCGGUAUUUGAUGAGUAAUUACGAUCCUGCCGUCCGACCUUCCGAAAACGCGUCGUUACCCCUCUCAGUGAAAAUCCAGGUCCUACUCCAGAAGAUCCAGCAGCUGGAGUACGAAACUAAUACUGUGAAGGCAAACUGGAAAGUUGUUCAGAGAUGGAACGACGCCCACUUGCGGUGGAACUCUUCCGAUUUCGGGGGAAUAGCUGUCCUGAGAAUACCCUCGAAUCAACUGUGGAGACCUGAUGUCGUUUUGCUCAAUGGCAAUACAGCGGAUCGCCGCGAAAGCCACGCCGUAGUUCACAGUUCAGGCGAAGUUGUGCUCCUAGAGGAGCGUAGUCUUCACUCCUGGUGUCAUUUCGACAAGCUACAUCUCUUCCCAUUCGAAGUACAUCUGUGCAAGCUAUCACUCGCUUCUUGGGCCUACGAUGCUUCCCAGAUCACCAUGGAGACUCCGUCAUUCGGCGUCGACGGACUACUUACGAGGCCAUCGCUGGAGUUCGUUCACGAAUUGAUAUCGUCCGAUCCCGCGCCGAAAAUAAUCAUCACAGAUACAAUCGCUCGCUCGACGGUCAAUCUCGAGCUCCGGCUUCAUCGGAGGAGUCCUCUCAGUCAACUAAUGUGCCUUUUGUUACCCGUAAUAUUGGCUAACAUGUUGUCGAUCAUCGCGUUUUUUGUACCUUCGAAUUCGGGGCAGAAAUUGACCAUCUCGACGCAAAGUUUAAUUGUUCUCUGCAUUGUCCUUGUGUAUAUGCAUCAUGCGAUGCCAAUCUCAUCCGAGAGGGUACCUUUGUUGGUGGUGUACGCCGGAUGUUCAGCAGUGAUGGUAUCCUUAUCAAUCCUCUGCUCAGUGCUCACAUUGACGCUGCACAGCCAGUCCGGAUGUCGACUGCGACCGGCGGCUGUGCCUAUGACUCUGAAACGCGUCAUACGAAUAUUGGCGAAGCUCUUCGUUAUGGAUUGCUGUUCCGUCAAAGCUUCGGACAGCGAUAAGAAGGAAAAGAAUCAAUUGGACACUCCGAAGGCCCCAGUGGAGUUCACCACAGAUCACAUUGAACACUACAAUUUCUCACCUUCUCUGAGGUCACACAGGAAACAGUUUCUCUUCGACGGUACGGCUGGUAUCGCUGCCGACACCAGUGCAGGUGGCUUGGGCAGCGUGGCGACAGGCGUCGGCGACUGCGGCUUAGGUGACCUCGUGGGUCAGACUGUGUCGAUGGUGUGGCAAGCACCGCCCUUGGCGAAAAUCGGUGAAUCGGUAUCGAGCUUCGACGAACGUCUUCGGGAAGAACUCCGGCGUCAAGACAUCCGCGAAGAGUGGAAAACUCUCUCGUUACUGUGUGAUCGGGUCUUCCUCGGUGUUUUUUUCCUUGGGUCCGCUGUUACUGCCGCGCUCGUGCUCAUCUGUUCGUCGUAA